GUUCCUCUGUGUGGAUUUUUGAAGCAGGUGUGCUGGGUGGGAGGUGUGGCCUGUGAGGGGAGAUCUGGAGUCACUGGUGACAUUAGAAUUCAGCAGGAGAAGCUCUGAAAAGUUUUGACUGUUUAAGUGGAAUUAAAAUCUUUAAAUAUGUGCAGGCCGAACACGUUGCAGCUUGUGCACGUUGCCAUGCUGUGGUUCUACCUUCUCCUCCCCUCACUGCUCUGUGACAACCUGCUCUGCUACUACAGCCCCGUCCUGGAGAAGGACAAGACAUCUGAGCUCAUUGUGACGGAGUGCCCUUCUGACGAGCUGUGCUACAAGGCAGAUGGUCGCUAUGGCAACCACAGUGCCCUGUCGGCCAGGGGCUGCAUGGCAAAACAGGACUGCAGCCAGGUGCACAGCGUCCGCCACAAAGGAACCGUCUACACCAUGAGCUAUGCCUGCUGUGAUACACCACACUGUAACUCCUGCCCGGGGGUCGCAACCACAUCCCUCUACAUCACUGUUACACUUCUGACUGUAGCUGUGAUGGCCGGCAGCUUGUGACCGAAGACACCUGAUGCGCUAUGUUCACUAGAAUCUUUAGAGGUUCAUCUCAAAGGGGAAGAUGCUUUUGUAGUUCAAUACCAAGUGAGCAGUGCUCUGUAGCUUCAGCAUGGAGUAAUGCUGAUGGUCUACAGAAGUAUGUGGUGAACACCCAGCCUGAAGACACUGAGGUGUGCACCAAGCUAAAGGCAGAGAUUUCAACAUGUUGUUUUAUAUCUUGGUGACAAAAAUAUGUUUUUAUAAAUGUUUUAAUGUCUUUAAAUAAAUAUUUGAAUAAGAAAUUA